AUGUCAGACAAACACAAUGGACAACCUUCCCAAAGGAAACCAUUCAGCAACAAGAACAUCAAGAAGCUCCGCACUAUUAGCAUGGUGUGCAACCUGGCAAGCAGCUGGCAGCAAUGGGUGACAGAGAAUGAGAACAAGCAGGCCAGCGAGCCAAGCGGCUGGGCUCCGUCUUCACUGGGUGGACCAGAGGAACCCAAAAAGAAAUGGGUUCCCAAGAAGCCUCCACCCAUUCGAACGCAGCAAACAGAAGCUUCUAAAGGUCUCGCAGCUCCACAAACAACAACAUCAAAGACUGGUGAGGUUAAGACAUCGGAUGAGCCACCAGCGGCGUCUUUUAUCAAGACUAAGCAAGUGGUGAAGACAGUGACCAGCAGCGCUCAGGAGAAGAGUGCAGGUAUUGGGCUCCUGACAGAAAAAAUCAAGAGGGAGCAUCACCCAUCAAAUGAGGAGAUUGACAGACUGCUAAAGAAGAAAAGCUCACCCACCCGUCGGAGGAAGUGCUCCAACAUGGUGUCAUCGCUGACCAAAAGCUGGAAGCAGGUGGAGAAUGAGCAGAAGCUUGUUAAAGAAGGAGGAGAUCCAAGAGAGGGAUUCACCUGUGGACGUAAAGAGGACAGUGGGUCCCUCGAGGCAGAUGUAGAGGGACUGGAAGUAGAGGAAGAUAAAACACGCAGAACAAGCUUUUCAGAAGAAGCAGAGGAAAACAACUGUGAAGAAGACUCUGAGACAGCAGUGAGAAUAAAAAGAUCCUCAGUUCCAAUCUACAAAAAAGAAGCUGAGGAUGCCAACAAGAUCAACACGUUGUCCAAGAAAUACAGCACCGUGGGAAAUCUCAAGAGCCGCUGGCAGAAUUGGGCCUCUGAGCACACAGUUAAUCAGAAACUCAACCCCUUCAGUGAAUACUUUGAUUAUGACUAUUCCAUGUCCCUCCGCCUCCAGAAAGGUCAGGAGGGUUACGGACGUCCAAAGGAGGGUAGUAAGACGGCAGAAAGGGCCAAACGCGCGGAGAAACAUAUCCACCGUGAAAUAGACGACAUGUGCUAUGUGAUCAGGACUAUGGCCGAUCCGGACCCAGAUGGAAAGACCCGGAUCACAUUUGGAGAACUGUUUGACAGAUAUGUUCGGAUCUCUGACAAGGUGGUGGGGAUUCUGAUGAGAGCCAGGAAACAUGGGAAAGUGGAGUUUGAGGGCGAGAUGCUGUGGCAAGGCCAGGAUGAUGAAGUUAUUAUUACUCUUCUGGUGUGA